AUGCAACAUCGUGAAAACAUCGUGAACUCGCGGGCUCGGCUAGCCUCGAGGCAACAUACGACGUUUAUCUCGAUAUCUCACACACUGCCAACAAACAAACUUAUCGCCAUCCUCCUCACCGUCUGCUUAACCUCUCUCACGUCUAGUAACCCCUAUCUCCAUUACAAUAUCCUCCUACUACCAUCAACCCUUGGACCACGAUUCAAAUUAACCCCCCCAAAACUACCAGCUGCAAAAGUGGGUGCACGCAAGAAGCAAAUCAAGGUCAACCUUUGGAACAAUCUCAAAGCGGAGACUGCUAAAGCCCUUGAUAAUACGUCAACUGAUAAAAAUGAUAAGCCCGUCAAGGCCCCAGUUGCUGAAUCCGAAUCUAGCAAGACCACAGUCACUGGAUCCAAGCCAGCUACUGCUACCCCGGACAAACCGACUACCAAUGUUCCUGAAAUCAAGAAGGCCCCGGUCAACAAAUCAAUCGAAGCUACGAAGUCUACUGAAAAGCAGCCAACAAAGCAUCUCGAGAAGUUGCUAGCCCAAAAGAUUCCCGAUGCCCCCAAACCUAUCGAAAAGUUAUCAACCAAAAAGACUCUGGUCACUCAGAAAGCCUCACCGAAAUCCCCAGUGAAAGCUCCCGAAGUCCUCAAGGCUGCCCCGCAAAUAUCACCAACAGUGGUCCCCACCCCUACCAAGGAAAAAACAAUCCACCAAUCCACUCCAUGGGCCAAAAUCGUUGCCGAAGUUCGAGAGAAUAGUCAACAUACUUUCAUGCUUGUGGACAGAAUCGAGAAAAAGCGUAGAAGUUUGUCUGAACAGAUCUCGGAAUUGCACGCGACCCUCGCUCGUUCUGUUGCUGCGAAGAAGCAGAAUGAACAGGAAAAUGGACAAAAGAACUAG